AAAACAAAAACUUUUAGAGUUGCCUGUGGAAAGUCUUUAACCUUUAGUGUUUUUAGACUUUAAUAUUGUCUGCCAUGUCCUAGACUAACAUGUAAAAUGCUGUUUCUGGUUGUUCCCUUUAGAGUGCGUCAGUGUCCAUCAAACAUUUUGGGGAAGUGCUUUUUGGCAGAAAGAGGAACUUCAACAGUCUAUAGAGUCACAAAACAUUGUCAUCGAAAAAGAAUACAGACACCUUUAUCAAACUACCCAAUCGCACCAUGGAAUCUCAACAGUUUUGGACCCUUUUCUUCAAGUUGACAUGGAUACCUGCAUUUUUCCUUCUCACUAUGUGUUCAGCAAUGGAUUCACCAAGUAUCAGUCUGGAGCGCGAAGUCUUUGUGGCCUUUAGAGGUGAAAAUCUCAACAUUACAUGCAAUUUGACCAAAGCAGUAAACCAAACGGAAGACGGUUGCUUGACAUGCUUCGAUCCAAAAAACAAAAUAAUAUACAAUAAUACCAUCCCUACAAUGGAUACCAGACAGGAAAUAUUUUCCUGGCAUCUGGAGCUGAAAAACCUGAAGCUUUCAGGACUUUACUCCUGCCAGUAUCAAACGGUGAAGGUGGAUUGGUUUCUUCGAGUGAGAGAUGAACGCUACAAGGAACCUGUUAACACAGAGUUCAUCAUCAUGGCCGUCUUCACGGGUGCGCUGUUGAUCUUCAGUGUGCUCGGCUCAGUGUAUGUCUUCAGAGGACAUUGGACUAAGAAAUAUGAAGCUGGUGAGAAAAAACAAAAGCAAAGCAAAGAAGAGAAGAAGGUGACAAAGAAGGAGGACGAUAGCUUGGAUGCAACAGCAGCUCAGUCCACGUCUUACUAUGCCAGUCUAGAGCCUCGUCCCAGGUCUAUUUAUGAUGUACUGGACAGCUCACCUGCCAGCGGAGAGAAUAACCAAGACAAAGACAAACCCAAGAAAAAGGAACCCCCAAAAAAGGCAGCGCAAAAGACAAAAGACAAGGAUGAAGGUGUUUUUGAGUCUGUUUAUGAGAACUUUUAGAUCAACUGAUUGUGGGAUCAUAAUCCAGCGCUCUUCUACUUUAAUCUCAUCUGUGUCAGCGACACUGAGAGAAUCAUCUUUCAAUAACAUCAAAAAAACCCACAAAUGCAAAGUAAAAGUAGUUUGGUACAACACAAAGAUUUUUAAAAGUGUGUAAAAUAUGUAAAUGUACAGAAGCAUCCCCAUCAAAAUGAGCACAGUGUAUCAAAAGUACUAAAGGUUUUCACUAAAUGCUACGACUGUACUACGUAGAAGUCUUUAGCUACACCUCAUUUCUUUAGAUUUUGUGCACCAAUUUAUUCAAACGGGCAAGGCAAAAAGAGAGUUUGAACAGUUCUAAUGAGCUUUCUUGUCAUUUCUUUAAGGAGUCUUUAGGCAUCUUGAUGGACGUUCAAUGCUCUUCUUCUGACUGGGUUUGCUCUAUUUUCUGUUAAAAUGAUUCCACACUGCUUCAAUAAUGUCGGUGUGGGAAUAAAGUCUGGUCUCUGGGGAGAUCAAUUCCAUAACUGACA